AUGGUAGGGAAGCCCAAGCUUCACUAUUUCGAUGCCCGAGGCAGGAUGGAGGCCAUCCGGUGGCUCCUGGCUGCAGCUGGAGUGGAGUUUGAAGAGAAACUUAUAGAAAGCUCAGAAGAUUUGGAUAAGUUAAGACAUGAUGGGAGUUUAGUGUUCCAGAAAGUGCCAAUGGUUGAAAUUGAUGGGAUGAAGCUGGUGCAGACCAGAGCCAUUCUCAACUACAUUGCCACCAAAUACAAUCUCUAUGGGAAAGACAUGAAGGAGAGAGCCUUGAUUGAUAUGUACACAGAGGGUGUUGCAGACUUGAGUGAAAUGAUCAUGCUUUUGCCACUGUGCCCACCUGAUCAAAAAAAUGCCAAGUUGACCCUGAUCCGAGAAAGGACAACAAACCGUUAUCUCCCUGCAUUUGAAAAAGUGCUGAAGAGCCACGGACAAGACUAUCUUGUGGGCAACAAGCUGAGCAAGGCUGACAUCCACCUGGUUGAAUUGUUCUAUUAUGUGGAAGAGCUGGACCCCAGCCUUUUGGCCAACUUCCCUCUGCUGAAGGGCCUGAAAACCAGAGUCAGCAGUCUCCCGGCCGUGAAGAAGUUUUUGCAGCCUGGCAGCCAGAGGAAGCCUCCGGGGGGGCGAGAAAAGCCUUGA